CGGCGCCGGGAGCCCCGCGGAGCCCCGCGCCGCGCCGAGGAGCCAGCGGCCACACGAGGCUGGCGGCUCCCCGGGGCCGUGCUAUGAUCUGGCGGCGCCGGGAGCAGCAUGGGCAGCGUCAGCAGCCUCAUCUCCGGCCACGGCUUCCACGGCAAGCACUGCCGCGCCUCGCAGUACAAACUCCGCAAGUCCUCGCACCUGAAGAAGCUCAACCGCUACUCGGACGGGCUGCUGCGCUUCGGCUUCUCGCAGGACUCCGGCCACAAGUCCGGCUCCAAGAGCAGCAAGAAUGAGGAUUUCUUCUACAUCAAGGUCAGCCAGAAGGCGCACGGCGCCCACCGGCCGGACUACGCCGCGCUCGGCGGCGGGGAGCCGGGCGCGCCGGACUUCGGGGCGCCCGCGCCGCAGAAGCUGAUGCCCUUCCCCGGCCAGCUGGACGUGGGCGGGGAGAAGCCGCUGCCUCGUCCCACGGCCUUCAAGCCGGUGCUGCCGCGCUCCGGGGCCGUCCUGCGCUCGUCCCCCGAGAGCGGGGCGCCGCUGCCGCAGCAGCUGCAGCCCCCGGAGAAGGCCAAGGAGCAGGAGCUGCGGCCGCUGCCGUGCUCGGGCGGCCUCUCCGACUCCGGCCGCAAUUCCAUGUCCAGCCUGCCCACGCACAGCACCAGCAGCAGCUACCAGCUGGAGCCCCUCGUCACCGCCAUGGGCCCCAUCAGCCGCUUCGGGGGCUCUGCCCACAACAUCCUGCAGUGCGCCAUCAUCCAGGACAGCAACAUGAUGAGCCUCAAGGCCAUGUCCUUCUCCGACGGCGGCAACAAGAUCCUGAACCCCGGCAAGGCGCCGCACCGCCGCGCCGCCGAGAAGAGCGCCUGCGCGCGCUCGCCCAUCGCCACGGACGAAUCCGCCGUCCAGGAGCUGGAGCAGAAGCUGCUGGAGAGGGAAGGGGAGCUGCAGGAGCUGCAGUCGAGCUUCGAGGAGAAGGAAAUCAGCUCCUGCCAGGCCUACGAGGAGAAGCAGCGGCGCUGCAAGGAGGAGCUGGAGGGGCUGAAGCAGAAAUGCAACAGCAAGCUGAAGCAAACCUCGCAGAAAACGCAGCGGACGCAGCAGGUGCUGCACCUGCAGGUGUUCCAGCUGCAGCAGGAGAAGCAGCAGCUGCGGGAGGAGCUGGAGAAGCUCAUGAAGGAGCAGAACCUGCUGGAGACCAAGCUGAGGUCCUACGAGAAGGAGAAGACCAGCUUUGCCCCGGCGCUGGAGGAGACGCAGUGGGAGGUGUGCCAGAAAUCCGGGGAGAUCUCGCUGCUGAAGCAGCAGCUGAAGGAGUCGCAGACCGAGCUCACCACCAAGACCACGGAGAUCCUGAGCCUGAGGGCGCAGCUGAAGGAGGUGAGGCUGAAGAUGGAGGGGCUGGAGAUGAAGAGCCAGGAGCUGGAGGUGUCGCUGCGCACCAAGGCCAUGGAGCUGGAGGUGUGCGAGAACGAGCUGCAGCGCAAGAAGAACGAGUCGGAGCUGCUGCGGGAGAAGGUGAACCUGCUGGAGCAGGAGAUCCUGGAGCUGCGCUCCGAGCUGGCCGCGCUGCGGGAGCAGCUGGGCGAGGCCCGAGAGGGGCCGCGGCCGGGCGGGGACGAUGCCCAGGCCCUGCAGGGGCAGCUGGAGCGGCUGCGGGCGGAGCUGAAGGCGGAACGAGACAACAACGAGCAGAUGAGCUGCAGCUUCCAGCACGAGCGGCAGACGUGGAAGGAGGAGAAGGAGAAGGUGAUCCACUACCAGAAGCAGCUGCAGCAGAGCUACCUGCACAUGUACAAGAGGAACCAGAGCCUGGAGAAGAUGCUGCAGCAGCUGGCGGCGGGCGAGGACGGCAAGGAGCCCAUCGAGCUGGAGAUCCCCGGCGCCGACGUCCCCUACGAGGACAUCAUCGCCACCGAGAUCUGAGCCCCGCCCGGGCGCCCUGUACA